AUGUGGAUACGACUACUUCGGGUCAGACAGGUGCCUACCACAUCGACAGCUUCAUUAUGUACGGGUUAUACGAGGUUGUUGGAAAGAACGGCGGUUCAAAAUGGCAGAAGAACGUUGUAUAAAAAGAGGCAAUUUCUUGCCUGGGAACCUAUUUCUUCGGAAGACAUAUGGGAGGCUAUGCAAAUACGACGAACUUUCGCCAAAUUUGCUGUUAAUAAGUGGGUUUUUUGGAUUUUUUAAAGUUUUGAAAUUUGAGGACUUUUUCACAAAAAAGUGAAAGUUAAGGUAGAUCUUUAAAAUUGCUACUAAUUGUUUGAUUUUUAAGUCACUAUGUCUUCGUAGGCAUUAUUUUAGGUAUUUUAUAGGGACUCUUUUUAAAAAUGAAAUUUCAGGACCUUUUCACAAAAUUUUCUAAAAUCAACUAAAAAUUCGGAAUUUCAAGGAAAUUUUAAAAAAUUUUGUAACAGUAUACUUUUAGCUACUCAUUUGAUCGAGUAGCGGCCUUCGGACCCGACCUAGCAUGCUUAGAAUGGCUAAUGAAUGCUGGAGCAACAGCAGUCAAAAUGCACGAUGGAACGACGAUAACUAGUCAGAAACAGAUGAGAGAAUACCUCAAAAGCUUUAAUUUGGACACGACGAAAUUGGUAGGCUUUUCUGAAUAUAGCCAAAUGGAAUCUUGUUUUGAAUUGGAUUUUAGGCUUAAAAAUGAAAUUUAGGCUUAAAAAUGAAUUUUAGGCUUAAAAAUGGGUUUUAGGCUUAAAAUGAAUUCGUGGGCUUAAAAAUGAACUUUAGGUUUCAAAAUGAAUUUUUAGGCUUAAAAAUGAAACGUUAGGCUUAAAAAUGGAUUUUAGGCUUUAAAAUGAAUUUUUAGGCUUAUAUAAAUCUCUUAUAAACCUAAACUUGCAGACCCCACUACACCCAAACAUAAAACCUUUAACCCUGGAUGAAUUAAAACGGUUUCUACAUCGGCCGCAAUUCUACUCUCAACGAUGGCAUUCGGCUCCAGAAGCCUACAUUGAAGAAGUCGACGCCACUGACUCAGCCAUCGUCGAUCCCGGAUUCCAAUACUUUCUCGAAUUGAAAUCGACCAAAAAGUUGAUAAUGAACUUUUGCGAUUACUUUUACAACGAUGCGAUACGAAUAUUGUGCGCGGGACGGCUACGACACACACUGGAAGAGAUCGAAAUUUGCUUUAAUGGUCAUAUUGAUGAAACUGCCUUCAGUCAAAUUGCUAGGCUGAAAGGUGGGUGGUUUGAAACCUGAAAUUUUUUUGGUCUGUUUUUUUGCCCUGGUUGUAUUUAAUUUUGACUUUUUAGGCCUGAAACGAGCCCACUUCUACAUGAACCCCUGGAUCAAAAGCGAACAACGAGUCCGAGCCAUUCUCAAGCAAUCUCUACCACGACUUGAGCUUACCUACCCUGAGAUGGGCUUUAUUGGAUUAGGGAAGACACCAAAGCAAGAAAAUCAGAAGGCCAAGGAAGCUACUUAG